AUGCCAGACGUCAACUCGAUUACCAACGGUCCGAACAAAGAAGCUAUAACGGAGCAACUAUUCGUGAAUGAUGGACCUUUGGAACAAGACCAAGUGGCACAGCUCCGACCUUCUGACCCCACUCUCCCUAUCGAAGAACUCAGGAUGCGACUCGAAGAGGACAACUACCUCUUCGUGAAGAAUCUCCUUCCCCGCGAGGAUGUGCUUAAAGCACGAGAAGCAUACUUCAAUUUCCUCUCUCCAAGCGGAGUUCUGAAACCAGGAACCAAGCCCGUGGAAGGAAUCUUCGAUAGUAGCAAAGAUAUUUCCUGUUUUCCCGGAAUCGGUGCGGGAAGCACGGCCAAAAAUGAGAAACCUGGAGGAGAAAAAGGAGCUAUAUUUGUAGACCGGGCUCUGCAGGCUCAUACGGAAGAAUGGUAUGCCGAGGACUUUUGCAAGCAUCCUGUGUUGUUGGAUUUUGUUUCCAAGCUCUCGGGAUGGGGUGAGCACACACUUCAUUUCCGCAGGUCACUGUUGAGGAAUAGUAUUCCUGGGACGCAUGCUACCUCAGUACACUACGAUCAGAUCUUCCUGAGACAUGGGGAGGUUUCGAAUUUGACGGCUUGGUGUCCGAUGGGAGACAUUAAGUUGAAUGGUGGCGGGCUAAUAUAUCUUGAGAAGAGCAAGUCCCUUGGUCAAGAGAUCGAGGCCGAAUUCUUUAGAAGAGCUGCGGAAUCAGGCUUUAGCGACGAAGAAGCGAAGUACGCUUUCAAUAACAAUAUGAUGGCAACUGGUUUUCUGUCCGAAUAUCCAGUAGAGUUUGCGAAAGAACAUAAGCGACGCUGGCUUGUUAGCUCGUUCGAAGCUGGAGAUGUGGUGCUCCACGAUCCGUUUGCCAUUCAUGCUUCAACAGUCAAUCAUGAUAAAGAGGGAGUAAUCAGGCUUGCAACUGAUUUGAGGUUCUGUGAUUCUUCACAGCCCUAUGAUAAGAGAUGGUGCAAUUACUAUAGAAUCGGAGACGGUGCUUAA